GUCUAAUGCUAUGCAUAUUGGCGUAACCUGCAUCGAACACGGAUCACGGCUCAUCCUGCUGUGUCCUACCGAGGCUUACAAAGGAAACGUUCAUACCUCUAUUAAUUAUCUCAUUCUAAAGCUUAUCGCCCGUAGACAGCCUUACACGAUGUUGAAGUAAUGGCGGACCUGUUUGAAGGCAGAUAACAAGGAGCAUUCAGCAACACCUUCAGGAUGGCGCACCAGCCAGCGGCACAAGCAUUUUAUAGGUUUAUAGCUAGGGGUGUCACUCGUGGCGUUCUUGGUCGACAAUUAGGCGAUUUGUCAACUGCCCUGCCGGCGACAUGCCGCCACCUAAGCAGCGGUGCCGCAGCGCCCGCGACGUCUGCGCUGCUUGAUCACAUUAAAGCGAAGAUUUUGGUUCGUGGUGGCCCCAUAUCGAUGGCCGAGUAUAUGCAGGACUGCCUGACCAGCCCCCAGGGUGGAUUCUACAUGGGGCGGGACGUGUUCGGCAGUGCGGGCGACUUCGUGACCUCGCCCGAGAUAUCGCAGGUGUUCGGAGAGCUGAUCGGUAUCUGGUGUGUGCACACCUGGAUGUCGCUGGGUCAGCCCGCGCGGCUGCAGCUGGUGGAGCUGGGCCCGGGGCGGGGCACUCUCAUGGCGGACCUGCUGCGGGGAACACGGGCCUUCCGCCCCUUCUCCUCCUCCCUGGAGUUGCACCUGGUGGAGGUGAGUCCGGCGCUGCGGCAGCUGCAGUGGCGGGCGCUGGGCUGCCGGGAGCUGACGGGGGUGGAGCGGGAGGAGAUGGAGCGGCAGGAGCGGGAGCGGGAGGAGCGGGCGAGGCAACGCAGCGCCGCUUCCGAGGCCGAGAUGCGGCACCUCCGGACGGGACUGCCGCCGCUGGUGGGCCAGGGGCAGGGACAGGAACAGCAGGGGCAGCAGGAGCAGGGACGAGGAGCGACCCCGGGGUUGGUCGGUAGCAGCCGAGGAGGCGCGGCAGCAGCAGGAGGAGGAGGCGGAGGGGAGGGGGAAGGUGGCUUGGUGGGGGUGUGCGGAUUCAACGGUUGCCGGGUUCACUGGCACUCCUCCCUGGACUCCGUGCCCGAGGGCCCCGGCCCCGCCCUGGUGGUGGCGCACGAGUUCCUGGAUGCGCUGCCCGUGCACCAGUUCGUGCGGGACCCGGCGCGCGGCUGGCUUGAGAAGAUGGUGGACCUGCAGGAGCAGG